AUGUCAAGCGGCGAAGAAGACGCCACGAAUCGUCACUACGAGUACAACUGGAUUGAUGGCGCGGAGAAGCUUGAAAAAUAUAGACCUGGGGGCUAUCAUCCCAUCAUGAUUGGGGAUGUACUUCACGGACGAUACCGCAUUGUAGACAAGCUCGGUUUUGGGGGCUAUUCGACAGUUUGGCUUGCCCAGGACACUUCACUAAAGCGCUAUGUUGCUGUCAAAAUCGGCAUAGCAAACUCGAUUCCACGAGAGACUAAUACUCUCCGAGCUCUUUCUGCGCCACUACCACCGUCUUCGUUGAGACAUCCGGGGUGCGAUUCAAUGCCUCUUCCCCUCGAUGAGUUUGAGCUGAAAGGUCCCAACGGAACACAUGUGUGCUACAUAACGGCUCCCGCACGAUGCAAUCUUAGAGAGGUGUCUUAUAGUCGUCUAUUCCCUCUAGACGUUACGCGGGCAUUAUCGGCUGGUCUCACAUUAGCUGUUGCAUAUAUGCACUCACGAGGCUAUGUUCAUGGAGAUAUCCAUCUCCGCAAUGUCUUAGUGAAACUCCCAUCAGGUUUUGACCACCUUUCAAUUGAGCAACUAUAUAAAGAAUAUGGCGAGCCCGAGACAGUCCCCAUUACACGAUGCGAUGGGGAACCGCUUCCGCCAAAUGUCCCAGCAAAAGCAGUAAUACCACUCUAUCUUGGAAAGGAUGCGAAAGAGUUCUUACUAUCCGACGCGAAGUUGCUUCUGAGUGAUUUUGGCGAGGCAUUUGCCCCAGACUCGGAGUUUCGUCCGGGAAAAGACUGCCACACGCCGCUACCGGUGCGACCACCAGAGGCUCGAUUUGAACCUGACACCCCUCUCUCAUAUUCAGCGGACAUUUGGAGCUUGGCCACAGCGAUCUGGGAAAUCCUUGGCAUGAAGGCCAUUUUCUUCAGCGAAUUUGUCACCCCGGACGAGUUGGUUGCAGACCACAAUGAUUUGUUGGGGAGCAUGCCUCACAGGUGGUGGGAGCGCUGGGAAGAGAAGAGUCAAUUCUUUGACGACAACAGGCGUCCAAGAGAGGGCCGGGAGGUAUCGCCACCGAUUGAUAAGGCGUUCGAGGAGAAGGUGCAGAAGUGGCGACGGAAAACCGGUAUGGGCGAGUAUGAGAAGGAGGAAACGGCCGCCAUUUUAGAUUUAAUGCGUCGAAUGUUGGCAUUUGAGCCAGACGAACGACUAACGGCCGAAGAAGUUUUACAGUCGGAGUGGAUGACCAAGUGGGCAUUGCCUGAUCUUGAACGAAGCUUGCAAAUGGAGUAG